UACAACUGUGCGCGAAAUGCAACCUUGCGUUACAAAAUGUAAAUAAUAAAAUGUAAUUGUUUUUCUGCAACUGGUCAUUCAACAUAAUGAGUCAAAGGUAUACUUUUGAGAAAAACUCUUCAAGCAGGACAGAUUUUUCCCGUGGAUGGGACGAUAGCACAACAACAACAACAACAAGAGAUAUAAAAGGUCUCACUAAGAAUAAUUCUCGUGAUUCACUGACGUCCUAUAAACAGAGAAAUGGUCAACGUGGCGAAUUCAAUACAAAAAAUAAUAAAGAAUCUAAUUUUUCUGAUGAUUGGUUAGCAUCUAACCGUUCUAUACCCAAUGGACAUCGAAGCUAUGCCAACGUAGGAGAUAACGAUGAGGAUGACCUCAGCGAUUUAGAUAGUGAUGAUGAUGUGGAUGUUGAAGAUGAUAUUGACGAUGAUGAUGAUGAAGAAGACGAAGAUUGGGUCGCUUCUGAUCAUGACAGAAAGCGUUCUAAUCGUACCUCUCGAACACAGAUUACUCAUUCAUCACGUAAAACUACCACCAAUAGUAGUUAUAGUUCACAUCGGAAAACCUCCUCUUCGCAUGGAGGUGAUCGUUCUCAACGUAGACCUGGUGGAAGUUUAUCACGAACAAGUCAUUACAAUUCUUCUUCAGGAAAUACUCGUGUUGCUGCCUCUUCGAAUAAAACAUCUUCAAAGUCUGUUGGUCGGCCUAAAAAUAGUAGUCGAUAUCAAGGCGGUGGUGGGGGUGGAGGCGCUAGAACAACAGCUCAUACGUCAGCAUCUAGUCGAAAGGUGAAUAGACGUAGACGUGAAAAAGUGAAAACAACAGAUGAAAAUAAAAAUCCACAAAAAUCCUUUGAAUCAUCAAUACCGAAUGAGUUGAAAAAGCCUAGACAAUGUUUCGGCCCUGGAUGUACACGACCUGCAGCUAGACCAGAUACAAAAUAUUGUUCCAAUGAAUGUGGUCGUAAACUUGCUAUCAAACGUUUAGAAACUCUAUUACCAGAAAGUUGUAAAACUUGGUAUCCUGAUCUUUUAACAAAAGAUAAAAACAGUCUAUAUGAGUUGUCAAAAUUACCUGAUUGUAUGGCUACACUGCUUGAUAAAUCACGUCUUGAAGAGAUUAGCCGAGAACAGUGUACAGUGCAUAAUCGACUAGUUGAAUUAGAAAUGGAACACCAGAAACUUACAGAACUUAUUAGUCGAGCUCAAGAACGUAAAACUGGGCGAGAGAAUGAACAAUCGCUUUCUGCAGUUGAUCAAGAUACUGAACAAGUUGAACAAAUGGAAUCUGUAAUAUGUGUCACGUGUUCAGCAGAAGUCAGUAUGCGGCAUGCUUUAAAGCAUAUGGAGAAAUGUUUUCAAAAGAUGGAAGGCAAUACUGUAUUCUGUGCAAAUCAAAAAGAACAAAUCAUCGGUACUCCGUUAUUUUGUGAUGCUUAUGAUUCACAAGCUAAGGCAUAUUGUAAACGAUUACGUGUUGUGUGUGAACAUUAUAAAGAACCGAAGUUACCUGCAGAUACAGUGUGUGGAGCACCACUUGUUCGUGAUGUAUUCAUUGAAACUGGUGAAUUCUGUUCUGUACCGCAUAAUAAGUGUACUAAACACUUUGGUUGGGAACGUUUACGUCGGGCAAAAAUUGACUUGGAACGAUAUCGUUGUCUAAUACAAAUGGAUGAAUUAAUGCAAGAGGAGAACAGGCUACAACGGGCAAUCUCCCAGCGUGGUGGUAUCCUCGGCAUGCUUCUACACCAAACUAUUGAUCAUAAUCCAGAGAAACCAAUACCUAGACCGAAAAAAUUAAUUCAGAAUAAUUCUCGAAAUAAUAACGCCGCUGCUCCUCCUGCUGCUGCUGCUGCCGAUGAUGAUGAUGAUCACGGCGACGAUGAACGUUACCCUAUUUUUAUGUGGUAGUCAUCGCAUCAAAUUCUGGCAAAUUCCGAUCUCCUUUUUCUAUUCAUGUAAUUAAGUAUACUCUGUUGUACACUGUUCGUUCUGUUGGGCAUUAUUUCUUGACCUUACUAUUACUCCAUUAUUCUUUUUUAAUAAUAAUAUUAUUAUUAUUUUGUAAAGUGUAUAAAUUCCUUUUUUAAUCCUUCACAUUCCCAGUGGAACACAGGGUGGCUUCAAGCUAGAGGCUUGAAGUUUCGGUAGCAGUGGUGUUUAUUUUUACGGGAUGGGGUUUCUGUUGACCUCAUGCCUAACCUCCCCUCUUUAUCAAUCUUAUUACUUGCUUAGCGAGGUAAAGGAGUGCCUCGUCGGUCGGGCGGGGAUUGAACCGCGAACCACAUGAGACUUGGUUGGUGAGCAUUCUACCGGUGUACCACCGAUGCACAAAGUAUCGUAGAAUUCUAAGCGUGUUUUAUCGUAAAGUAAUUACUCCUUCUGUGUGUGGGUGUGCCUGUGUAAAAUCUUAAAGUAAAUUGAUAUAAUUGGGGGCCGCUCUAACAAUCUGCUAUGCUUUUUCUUCAAUUUCCUGCACUGUGCAUUGAAAUCUGGUGAUCAGUAUCUGAGAGUACGGUAUAUGCUUUGCGCUGUCCAAUUGCAAAUCACUGUUACAAGAUUGACAGGAGCAUGUACCUGAGCUCAUCUUUGCAGGUGAACUACUUGAAGUUUUCGGCAAGCCCGUGAAUCUGGGUAGUUGUGCGAGUACUGUUGGAAAGUAUGAUGGGCGAGAUUUUUAACCGUAUCAUGAAGGCUAAGGGGGGAUACUCCAAUUUGAGCCACUUCUGGCUCCGUCGCGACGCCAGUCUAGCUGUCAGAGGUCGGGUUUUCAGUGCUUCCGUGCACACAGUCGUACUCUGUACAUGUGAAACCUGGCCUCUCCGAGCUGAGAACGUAUGGCGACUCUACGUAUUCGAUCAUCGCCGUCUCCGUAGAAUUGCUGGCGUUUUCGAUAACAUCAUCGUGUGAGUAAUUCUGAGAUCCAGCAGCGUGUGUUUAGAGUGUCGUCAUCUGGAAACACCGGCUUUGGGUGCUUGAAUAUGUGCCACGAAUGUCAUCUCAGAGGCUUGUGUACCGGUUUCUGUUCGCUAGCCCUGGCACUGCAUGAAAAUGGUGGAGAGGUUGUUUACCUAUGAAGUGACGUCGUGAGAUGAAGGAUAUAUGUUUUAGGUUAGCAUCGAUUGGUACAUCGUGAUACCCUGUUUGGGAUCCAAGAGGAUGAUAGAAUCGGUGGCUGAAACGUCAUCGGAUACGGCCGAGAAUGGCGAACAUGCUACAAUUUCCCUCUUUCCUUCCUUUUUGACAGUAAUCCGACAAAUAUUGUUUGUUCUUGUUAAAUAUAGCUGCUUCUUUUCUGGGUGAAGUCCUUUAUUCGCUAUCUCCCUGUUUUCUCUAUAUAUUGUUUGUUUUAUUGAUAUUAUUGUGUGGCGCAUCUUCUUUGUGCCUGUAUUGUACCAGUCCAAUCUCUGUUUCAAAUAGAAUAAUAAAAUCUAUUCGAUGAAAGUGAG